UCAACAUCGAUUUGUGUUACUUUUUGCCAGCCUUUCACUUUUCUCAAAUUGCGUUUUAUUUCAAAGUUUUGAAGUUAUGAAAAAGUAAAAUCCGUACGACAGCAAAUACUACAAUUUUAAUCUGCAGUACCUCAAAUGGAUUGCUAAAUCAACAAAAUGGGAUUGGAUUUUGAUGUUUUGGAGUUUUGUAAGAAGUUGCGGCAAAACAGGCCACCGCCCUACCAGUGUCCACUGGAAAAGUGUGAUAAAGUUUAUAAAAGCCUGUGUGGAUUGCAAUACCAUCUUGUUAAUUACGACCAUGACAAUCCUACACCGGCAACACCUACCGUAGUUCGUAAUAUAUGUCGGAAAAAAGGCAGAACCAGAGCUGCGGUGCCCACUGGAGAUAUAGCUCUUCAGAGCCCACCGAAAGAGGCUUUAACUUUUGCUGAGGCUCAGAAAGUUGUGCAGUUUGAAAUCGACGGGAAAAUAAGUCGAAUACCGAUAGAUCAACCAUUGCCAAUUAUUUCUUUAGAGGAAUGGGAAAAGAAGAAUGCGGAGCUGGAAAAGCCACUUCCAGUCGUAGAACCACCUCCGGAACCUCAAGUUAAACUUCCUGAGGCUAGUUUUCGCUUAAUACCAGAUUACAAUGAGAGAGUGUGUGAUGCUCAACCCAGACCAAAUGCCUAUAUCCGAUUCAUUGAGAAAUCAGCUGAAGAAUUGGAUGGAGAAGUUGAAUAUGAUGUGGAUGAAGAGGAUACAGCCUGGUUGGCUCUUAUCAACAAGAGCAGAGCUAAACAAGGACUCCCACCAGUCUCUGUUGACACUUUGGAACUGCUUAUGGAUAGACUUGAGAAGGAAUCAUAUUUUCAGGCGACACAAAGCGGCCAGCAGACCGCAGCCACAGUGGAUGAGGAUGCAGUGUGCUGCAUUUGUAUGGAUGGAGAGUGUCAGAAUACAAAUGUUAUACUGUUCUGUGAUAUGUGCAAUCUUGCUGUGCAUCAGGAUUGCUAUGGGGUACCAUAUAUACCAGAGGGCCAGUGGCUGUGCCGGAGGUGUCUACAGUCUCCAUCCAGGCUUGUUAACUGUGUUCUAUGUCCCAAUACUGGAGGUGCAUUCAAACAAACAGAUCAAGGCACGUGGGCGCACGUCGUAUGCGCUCUCUGGAUACCUGAAGUGAGAUUCGCUAACACAGUCUUCUUAGAGCCUAUUGAUUCAAUAGAGAUGAUCCCCGCAGCGCGGUGGAAGUUGCAGUGCAUGGUGUGCAAACAGCGCGGCGCCGGCGCCUGCAUACAGUGCCACAAGAGCAACUGCUACUCCGCCUUUCACGUCACAUGCGCGCAGCAGGCGGGGUUAUAUAUGAAGAUGGAGGCGGCAGGCAGUGGACGAGAUCCCAGUCAGCCGGUACAAGUCGCCAAGAUGGCGUACUGCGAUGCGCACACGCCGCAGCACAUAUUACAGGAAAGACGUGCACAGGAUUCUGAAGGUGAUUCAAAAUCGACAGAUUUGUCCGCAAUCAGACAAAAAGGAAGGGAUAAAAUUAAACAGGCUCGUCGUGUGCUGGCCCGAGCCCGGAGCUGGGCACCAGUGGUGCUGGUGCCGACUCUGCGUGCGGAGCGCGUGGCAGACGUGGCCGCGCUACUCCGAGGUCCUGCAGCAGCUCGCGCCAGUCUCAUGAAGAGGUUGCUGGCAUACUGGACCUUGAAGAGACACGCGAGGAACGGAGUACCCUUGUUGAGACGGCUGCAGAGUUUAGCUACUAAUCAUGGUACUCGAGGUAUACAAGAUGGUACAGUGAAUGUGCGCGAGUUGUGUAAUCAACUCAAAUAUUGGCAAAGGAUACGACAAGAUUUGGAGAGAGCUAGACUGCUGUGCGAGCUGGUGCGCAAGCGAGAGCGUCUGAAGGCGGAGCACACUCGUGUGUGGGAGCGGUGUGUGAUGCACGCGCUGCGGCCGGCCCGCGCCGCGCUGCACAAGCUGCUGCGUCUGCUGCGUCAGAGGGACACCAGCGAUGUCUUCACUGAACCAGUCGAUCUUAAUGAGGUACCAGACUACAGCACAGUAGUAAAGCAACCGAUGGAUCUGAGUACUAUGGGCAAGAAGCUGGAGCGCGGCGCGUACCGCACCAUUGAUGAUGUAGAGACGGACUUUAACCUUAUGAUAGACAACUGUCUCACAUACAACAACAAGGAUACUGUUUUCUAUAAGGCGGGUAUAAAGAUGCGGGAGCAAUGUCUGCCCAUCUUCCGUCAGGCGAGACGCGACCUGAUCGAGGCGGGGCUGGCCGAGGUGGCGGGGCAGGGCGCAGCCGCUGACGCAGACGAGGCCCCGCCCCGGGACACCGAGACUCCCGCACGCGCACGCAGCAGGGCGAAGAGAUCUAGUAGUGAGAGUGAACAUACUGCAGAUACUAGAAGCGAGCGCGGUGUGUCUGUGGCGAGAAGUGAACGACGCAUGUCCACGCGCAGACUGUCAGAAGAUAAUACGCGUGAAGUAUCUCCGGCUGCAGGCAAAGUGAACAGGAACUGGUGGCGUGGGCGGGGCAGGGGGCGUGGCCGGCGCGGGCGCAGGGGGCGGGGCCGAGCUAGCCAAUCAGUGUCCAGACCUGCACAGGAUAAUGAGACACCAACUUCAGAUUCAGAGACUCCAAUGGCGGCUAGAAAGAGCGUGGAGCGUAAACUUGUCACUCCAGACAAGUCACCAGUCAAACAAAAUGAUGCUAGCCCAAGUGUUAGUAUGUUGAGCAGUGGUCUAAGAAAGCCUACUUUAAUGUUGACUCCAUCCACAAUAGCGCCAAAGAGUUUCGGUUCUGAUGCGUCUCUGCCUACAUUAUCAGCUAGUUUGGGCAGGUCCAGUGAGAGCAGUCCGAGAAAGAAAGGUCGCGGUAGACCUCGCAAACAUGAUAAGGAUAAAACAUCAAAUGAUUUGUUUAGGUCAGUUGGUGAGGGGGGCGUGGCCACUCCAGUGCCCGCCUCCUUCCUGCAGUACCGCGGCCCUCCGGGGGAGGUUGGAUCAGACAGCGACUUUGCACUCUCCAGGUCCAGCAGCAGCAGCAGCGCUUGGUCGCAGUCGUGUUCUUCGUGUACGCAUUAUGAUGAUGAUGAUCGUUCCUGUUCGUACUCCUCCAGUGACGGAUCAAGCUACAAUGAAACCCUGGAGUCUGCACUAGAGGGCGGCAGCGGCGGAGAGCGGAGACGCGCACGACGUGCACAUGCAGACCCCGCCCCCUCCACACACAAGGGUCGAGGAACAAGAUCAUCCACAUCUAAAACACCAGUAAAGGCAACGCCAACCACACAUUUGGAGCCGUUACAAUUGGUGUGGGCUAAAUGCAGAGGUUAUCCUUGGUAUCCUGCGCUAAUAAUAGACCCUAAAAUACCAAAAGGAUUCAUUUAUAAUGGUGUACCUUUACCAGUUCCACCGCAGGAUGUAUUAAACCUUAAGAAAAACCAUUCUCAUGAACCUGUACUGUAUUUGGUACUCUUCUUCGAUGUGAAACGAACAUGGCAAUGGCUGCCACCAAACAAACUCGAAGUUCUUGGAGUGGAUAAGAGCUUGGAUCAAGCUAAACUGGUGGAAUCUAGGAAACCGACUGAAAGGAAAGCGGUAAAGAAGGCCUAUGGUGAUGCGAUGCAGUUCAGGAAGCAAGUUGAUGGUGAAGAUAAAUGACAAAGGUUCAAAUACAGAUCCCGGAGACAUGUCAAAGGGUUCAGUUUUGGUAAUUUCUCAACGAUGAGGAUUAGAACACCAGUGGAAAGUACCGAUUCAAGUGACUGAAUGAUACUUUUGAAGAAUCUUAUGCUUUAGUUUUUUUUUUUCAAAUAUAAAAUUACUUUUGUAGUAGUAGGAGGUUCCUUUCGGCAAUUCUGAAAUCAUGUUGAUGAUAUAUAAAGUGUGUUAGAGGCCUAAUUUUAGUCCUCUUUCCCUUAUAAGAAUAAGAUAGGAUGAGGAAGUGGGUUUGACGGAGAAAGGGGAAUAAUUUCUUCCUAUAUGUCCCCUGCUCCAUUGAUUAAAGGUUGGCUACACACCUGCAAUUGGGGAUGUCUACGUAGAGGUCGCUAUGCUAAGCUAUUCAAGUGCUCACUUGCUUGUUUGCUACCUUAUAACAUAAAAUAAAUCUUUCUGAAUAACCUACAAAACUACUAAAGUGGACUCAAAAACUACUUUGAAAAAUUAACCACUAAUAAUUACUUAUAAUGAGUAAGCUAGGCUAUAAUGUCUAUUUGCCUAGCAAAGCUAGGAAGAGUUACUAGUAAUAUGAAUAAAAUAGAUUGUAGUUUAAAGAUUUGAAUUUUGCUUUAAUAUAAAAGUAACGUAGAUUUUUUAUAUCUUAAUAAAUAUUAAGUAAAUCAGAACAAUCCCACCUAAUAGAUAAUUCGCCCCAUUCGAUGAAAAGAGUUACAUUUCUUAUGAGAUCUGCAGAUAUGAUCUUCUUCGGAAGGGUCAAAUUAUUUCAACAACAUUGUGUGUUAUUAAUUACGUAGUUAAAGUACUAGACUAUUUUCAACAUUUUAUAUGACAUAGUAUUAACAUAAUAUAUCCCAAUAAUAUCACUGUAUUUAUUCAGUAAAUCUUACUAAUAUUAUAAAUACGAAAGUUUAGAUGUAUGGAUGGAUUGAUGUUUGUUAGAAGGUAUCUUCGAAACAGCUGUACGGAUCUGGAUAAAAUUUGGCACAGAUCUAGAAUAACAGUAGUAAACAAGUAGUCUGGAAUAACACAUAGGCAACUUAUUGUUUUUUUUUUUUAAUUCCGCGCGGACGGAGUUGCGGGCAACAGCUCAUUUAUUAUAUAGGUAAAUAUAAACAUUCUUGUGUGAUCGUUUUAUACAGCUAGGUUAAACUAGAUGCUUUUUUAACCUACUAGAUUUUCAUAUAGAUGUGUAUUUUAUAAAAAGUUAA